GUACUUGAUUGGGCGAGCGAAAUGCUCAUCAUGUAACUGACAGAACCGGAGUCGGCCAUUGACGAGAGGGUUCAGUUAUCUUCCUUGAAUCCUGAGAGCUGCCGGAGGUCAGCUGAGCUGCUUUUGAUUAGCCCAGCAACCCAUUUGUUAGUUCCUAGCCCUAUCACAAUAAGGCUGAAAGCCCCACCUCGCUUCUGAUUGGUUUGUCAACGCACAACUAGGAACAGACACUGCCGAGCGAGAGGGGCAGUUUAACAGCAGAAGAUCUGGUAUCCAGUCUUGCACACUUCGGAGGCAUUAUAAAAGGAGGGGCAGGAUGAAGAAAGAGCAGGUGUUGAACUGUCAGUUCUCCUUCUGGUAUCCACGUUUCAAGAGCCAGACUAUCCGCAGCAUCAUACUUCCAUUGCCACAGAAUGUGAAAGAUUACUUACUGGAUGAUGGAACUCUGGUAGUUUCAGGAAGGGAAGACCUCCCAACAUGUUCCCAAGACGAUGGUGAUGGCAAUGAGGUGGAGGAAGUUCAGUGGUCUGAUGACGAGAACACCACAACACUUACGGCCCCAGAAUUCCCUGAGUUUGCACUGAAAGUUCAAGAAGCCAUCAGUGCCCUGGGAGGCAGUGUUUUCCCCAAGCUCAAUUGGAGUGCUCCAAGGGAUGCCUACUGGAUAGCAAUGAAUAGCUCCUUGAAGUGUAAAUGCCUCAGUGACAUCUUCCUUCUUUUCAAAAGUUCAGACUUCAUUACUCGAGAUUUCACUCAACCGUUUAUCCAUUGUAAUGAUGAUUCCCCAGAUCCCAGCCUGCAGUAUGGGCUCGUGCUCCGAAAAUGGUGUGAAUUAAUUCCUGGAGCAGAAUUCAGGUGUUUUGUAAAGGAAAACAAGCUUAUAGGUAUAUCUCAGCGGGACUACACUCAGUACUACGAGCACAUCUCUAAACAAAAAGAAGAGAUCUGUAGAUGUAUACAGGAGUUUUUCAAGAAACACAUACAAUAUAAAUUCUUUGAUGAAGACUUUGUGUUUGAUGUCUACAGGGACAGCUGGGGAAGGGUGUGGCUAAUUGAUUUCAAUCCCUUUGGUGAAGUAACAGAUUCCCUGCUCUUUACAUGGGAGGAGAUGCUCUCUGGGAAUACCCUGAAAGAUGAACAGAGUGAAGGAGCAGUGAUGGAACAGGACUGUCCCUCGUUCCGUUGCACAAACAGUAACCUCACUGUCCAGCCAAGUCCCUACCUCAGCUACAGACUCCCCAAAGAUUUUGUCGAUCUUUCCAGUGGAGAAGAUGUACACAAAUUAAUCGACCUGUUGAAACUAAAAAGAAACCAGCAAGAUGAUGAGGAAUCGUAAAGUGCAGGAUGAAAAUGAAACAAGAUGGGAGGCUAUAGUUUGGUGGAAGGGAAGCAAGUUUUUAACACCCACCAGCUCAGAGAAAAACUGAUUUUUAUAUUGUGCUCACAUAACUGUGACAAGGCCAGUUUUGUUGGAGCACUUUAUUAAACACAUGUAUCUUCAUCAGACUUGUGGGUGAUUAUUUGGAGUCCAGCCAACACUUAGGUAUGCCAUCCUGG